UCACACGCCAAUUCCUCUGUCCCGCGUCAUCCCCUCUCUCAAAUCCCAACAGAAAACCAAACCCACCUCUCUCUCUCUCUCGCGGGGUCGUCGUCCUCUCGUCCCACAGCCACCAAGUAUGGUGCCGAAAUGAAGGAGCGGCAGCGCUGGCAACCCGAAGAAGACGCCCUCCUCCGCGCCUACGUGAAGCAGUAUGGCCCCAAAGAAUGGGCCCUCGUCUCCCAGCGCAUGGCCCAGCCCAUCAACCGCGACCCGAAAUCCUGCCUCGAGCGCUGGAAGAAUUAUCUGAGGCCCGGCCUCAAGAAGGGCUCCCUCUCCCCGGAGGAGCAGUCCUUGGUCAUCGAGCUUCAGGCCAAGUACGGCAACAAGUGGAAGAAGAUCGCCGCCGAGCUCCCCGGCCGCACCCCCAAGCGCCUCGGCAAGUGGUGGGAGGUCUUCCGCGAAAAGCAGCUCAAACAACAGCUCACCAAGCACAAGCCCGGCUCCGCCGCCGCCUCCCAAGCCUCCACCGCCGCGUCCUCCUCGUCGACUCAGCCCCCGGAGGGGAGUAUUCCGGUCGCCGCCGGGAUCUCCUCGCCGGAGAGGGCCGCGCAGGGGCCGUACGACCACAUUUUGGAGACGUUUGCUGAGAAGUACGUCCAGCCCAAGCUCUACGGCAUGAUGUCCGAACCCGACCCGCUUCUCUCGCUCGGGUCGGCCGCCGCGACGCCUUCCGUUCUGCCGCCGUGGAUGAACCCGCCUUCCGCGGCGUCGUCCACGUCCUCCACGACGCCUUCUUCUUCGGUGAGCCUGUCGCUCUCGCCGUCGGAUCCGGGUUACGACCCGGACCCGACCCGGGUGCAGAUGGGUACGCUGGUGCAGUGGUGCAAGGAGGUGGAGGAGGGGAGGCAGAGCUGGGUGCAGCACAAGAAGGAAGCCACGUGGCGGCUGAGCAGGCUGGAGCAGCAGCUGGAGUCGGAGAAGGCGAGGAAGAGGAGGGAGGCGAUGGAGGAGAUCGAAGCCAAGAUAAGGGCGUUGAGGGAAGAAGAGAUGGCGUUUAUGGGUCGGAUUGAGAGCGAUUACAGAGAGCAAAUGAGCGUUUUGCAGAGAGAGGCGGAGAGCAAGGAGGCCAAGCUGGUGGAAGCUUGGUGCAGUAAGCAUGUCAGGCUUGCUAAGCUUGUGGAUCAAAUUGGGGGUCAUGGCCAUAAUAAUCAUGCCUGUCAUGGCUUCACCAGUUAAAAAUUAAACGAACUAGUGUGUGUGACCAAAUCAUGCUUUGUUCCCUGCAUUUUGAGUACUUUGUUAGAGAUGGGAUCUCAUCAUAGGGAUGUGUUCUAUUGUCUCUUCAAUCUGUUCUUUGUGAUUCAAGCAUUGGAUGCAUAGUGUUUGAUUUGGGA